CGUCCGUCUUCUUUGCUUCUGGUUCAUAGAUGACAUGACAUAUGAAAUGUCGCUCUUGUAGGCAAUGAGUAGUAAUUUGAUGCAAAACAUUUUGAUUUUAACAUUUUUCGUUCAGUUCGUGUUAAUAUGUAUUAAUAAGAUUGUAUGAGCUUAUACUCGUGUUAGUUGGCGUGACUGAUUUUCUUAUAUAUAAAUAAUUAGGUAUCAAAACUAGGGCAAUGGAUCUUGAGGACAAUGCAAUGGGUUUAACCCAUGAACAGACGGACAAAAUACUUCAAUUUCAAGAUUUAACUGGAAUAGAAGAUAUGUCAAUAUGCAGAGACGUUCUACAAAGGCAUCAGUGGGAUCUGGAGGUGGCGAUACAGGAACAGUUGAAUAUCAGAGAGGGUCGACCAUCAGUGUUUGCUACAGAGGCUCGCGCGCCUCCUGUGGUACAUGACCACAUAGCACAGCAAGUGUUCACAGAUGAGGCUCCGGAAGGGCCCGGUGGGGUUCGGGGCCUGUUCCACUAUGUAGUUAACCUUGUAGUGUCUGUGUGUUACAGCACAAUAACAUCAGUGCUGAACUUGCUCCUUAGUUUUGUGCGCAAUGAUGACAGAAGAUUGGUGACUGAUCCAUUGGGAGAUGUUAUGGGAUUUAUCAACAACUACACAUCUCGCUUCAACCCCCAUCCUGUGUUUUACCAGGGCACAUAUGCACAAGCCCUUAAUGAUGCCAAGAACGAGCUGCGUUUCCUUAUUGUAUACCUACACUCUGAGUCAGCCUCAGAAACGCAAAACUUUUGCAGGACGACCCUGGCAGAUCCAGAGGUGAUCCAGUACAUAAACACGCACGCCCUGUUUUGGGGUUGUUCGGUGGAGAGUGGUGAGGGUUGGCGCGUGGCUCAGUCGGUGGGCGGGCGGCGCUACCCCCUGCUUUGCGUCGUGUGCGUCCGCGAGCACCGCAUGACGGUGGUGGCGCGCUCCGAGGGUGCCUGCAGCGCGCACCAGCUGCUGCAGCGUCUGCGCCGCGUCGUCACUGACAACGAGCCACAUCUAGCUGCCGCCAGGGCUGAUAGAGUGGAGCGUGAAGUGACGGCACGCCUGCGGGCGGCGCAGGACGAGGCGUACGCGGAGUCGCUGGCGGCCGACCAGGAGAAGGAGCGGCGCCGCGCCGCCGACCGCGCCGCGCGGGAACUGCGCGAGCACGAGGACCUCCAGCGCAGGCAGCAGGAGGAACGCCACAAGCUGGACCUGGUGGCGGCCCGCCAAGCGAUGGCAGCGCGCCUGGCCCCCGAGCCGGCGGUGGGCAACGGUACUGUAGUACUGCUGAUACGAUUGCCUGGAGGGGAGAGGCUCACUCGACGCUUCACACUCACGCACACCACGCAGGAUUUAUAUGACUUCGUGUUCAGUCAUCCGCAGUCUCCAGAAGAGUUUGAGAUCACGACCAACUUCCCCAAGCGUGUCCUCGCCCGCGGUGCCAACAGCCUCAUGGACGUCGGACUAAAGGAUCGCGACGUACUCUUUGUCAACGAUAUAAAUGCAUAAAAUGCGUUAGUGCUCUCAUAUAGGUACAUAGCUAGUAACAUCUUGUUGGGAUUACCAUGGAGUAGUACGCAAAUGAAGAUCUAUGGGAUGAGUGUUGAAGAAUGUUUGUCG